AUGCCUUUGUCACAAAAGCCCAUGAGGUAUGGCCACACUGAAGGCCACACGGAUGUUUGCUUUGAUGAUGCUGGAAGCUGCAUUGUCACUUGCGGCAGUGAUGGAGAUGUCAGGAUUUGGGAAAGUCUGGACGAUGACGACCCCAAGUCCAUUAAUGUGGGAGAAAAGGCCUAUUCGUUUGCUCUGAAGAAUGGAAGGUUGAUUACCGCAGUAUCUAACAAUACUGUCCAGAUCCAUACGUUCCCGGAGGGUGUUCCAGAUGGUAUCCUGACUCGCUUCACUAUGAAUGCAAACCAUGUGACUUUCAAUGCCGAUGGGAGCAGAGUCGCUGCUGGAUCCAGUGACUUUUUGGUGAAGAUUGUGGAGGUGACUGACAGCAGCCAGCAAAAAACAUUUCGAGGACAUGAUGCGCCUGUUUUAAGCGUGUCAUUUGACCCAAAGGAUGUUUUUCUGGCAUCAGCAAGCUGCGAUGGGUCUGUCAGAGUGUGGAAAAUCGCAGAGCAGAUCUGUGAGAAAAGCUGGCCAUUGCUGCAGAAGUGUAACGAUGUGGUAACUGCAAAAUCAAUAUGCAGACUCGCCUGGCAGCCAAAACAAGGAAAGUUGCUGGCCGUCCCAGUAGAGAAAGUUGUGAAGCUGUACAGGAGGGAAACAUGGGAGCAUCAGUCUGAUUUGUCGGAUAACUUCAUCACACAGCCCCUCAAUGUCGUUGCCUGGUCUCCCUGUGGGCAGUUUGUGGCAGCUGGAAGUGUCGGAGGCUGUAUAGUCAUUUGGAAAGCGGAUACCCAGGACUGCCUGGAAAGGGUAAAGCAUGAAAAAGGCUACACCAUCUGUGGGCUGGCAUGGCACCCAAAAGCCAGUCAGGUAGCUUAUACAGACUCGGAAGGCAAUCUGGGACUGCUUGAGAACGUUGGUGGUAUAGAUGGAAAGAAGUCAAACAGCAAGGUAUCUGCACCGACUCCCAAAGACUACGAUGACCUUUUUGACGGGGAUGACAAUGAGGACUUUCUAAACGGAGACUUUAUCGAACCCCAGUCAUCCCCAAGGGCGGCAACAAACUACGAAGAUGAGGAUGAUGACCUGGCAAUUGCAUCAGGACGGCCCAGAAACCGCGGAGCAAUCAUUGAAGAUGACGAGAACUCUAUAGAUAUUGGACUGCUGAAGGCUAAUUCCGCUCUAGAUAAGCAGGAAGAAGAAGAUGACCGGGAAAGCCUGAUUCCUGUCCCGCCCCUUUCCUCCACCCAGAGACCUUUCUAUGAUGGGCCAAUGCCAACUCCUCGGCAAAAACCAUUCCAGUCUGGCUCCACCCCUGUACAUCUCACGCACCGUUUCAUGGUGUGGAACUCUACUGGUAUUAUUCGCUGCUAUAAUGACGAGCAAGACAACGCUAUUGAGGUGGAAUUCCAUGACGCUGCCAUACACCAUGCAAUGCACUUGCCCAAUUCUUUGUGUUACACAAUGGCAGACCUUUCCAGUGAAGCCGUUUUAUUAGCCUGUGAGAGCACGGAAGAGCUGGCAAGCAAACUUCACUGCAUCCAUUUCAACUCUUGGGAUUCCAACAAGGAAUGGACCGUCGACAUGCUGCAGGAUGAGGACAUUGAAGCGGUCUGUUUGGGCCAGGGCUGGGUUGCCUGUGCCACCAGCACCCAGCUGGUCCGUGUGUUCACAGUGGGGGGGUGUCAGAAAGAGCUCUUCAGCCUCCCUGGGCCGGUCGUGUCGAUGGCGGGACACGGAGAACAGCUGCUGGUGAUCUUCCACAGAGGUACUGGCUUUGAUGGAGAUCAGUGUCUUGGAGUUCAGCUGAUAGAGCUUGGAAGAAAGAAGAGGCAAAUUUUGCAUGGUGACCCACUUCCCCUUUCCUGGAAAUCCUAUCUAACAUGGGUAGGGUUUUCCGCAGAAGGUACUCCUGCUUACGUGGAUUCAGAAGGCAGCGUGCGCAUGCUGAACAGAGGACUUGGCAAUACGUGGACUCCGGUCUGCGACACAAGGGAACACUGUAAAGGGAAGUCCGAUCACUGCUGGAUUGUGGGCAUUCAUGAAAACCCACAGCAGCUGAGAUGCAUCCCUUGUAAAGGAGCUCGAUUCCCACCAACACUUCCCCGCCCUGCAGUAGCGGUGUUGACGUAUAAGCUCCCUUUUUGCCAGACUGCAACAGACAAGGGGCAGAUGGAGGAGCAAUUCUGGCGUUCUGUCCUGUUCCACAACUACCUGAAGUAUUUAUCCAAAAAUGGUUAUGACUGUGAUGAAAGUGUGAAAGGCCAGGCCAUCCAGGAGCAGCAGAAUCUCUUGAUGAAAAUGUUUGCACUUUCCUGCACACUGGAACGUGAAUUUCGCGGCAUGGAGCUGGCCGAGCUGAUGACUCAGAAUGCCCUGAGCUUAGCCGUCAGGUACGCUUCGCGCUCUCGGAAGCUCAUCCUCGCCCAGAAGCUCAGUGAGCUGGCAGCAGAGAAAGCAGCUGAGCUGGCCGCUGCUGAAGAGCUCGGCAAGGAAGAGGAGGAGGAGGAAGAGGAGGAGGAGGAUUUCAGAAGCCACCUCAGUGCCGGUUACAGUAACUCGGCCACAGAGUGGAGUCAGAGCCGGGUCAGAAGCCUCAAGCGCCAGCAGAGCAUGGAAGCAUGUGAGGAAGCUGAAGAUGACGAGGAAGAAAUCUCUGAAGAGGCAAAACCAGGUUCCCCCACACUGGGCAGAAAUCCAACCACUUCCAAGUCAGAAAAAGCUGUUGUGGUAUCCAGCAGCCAAGGACGAGUCAACCCGUUCAAGGUGUCCAGUAGCCAAAAGGAUCCCAUUGCUCACUCAACGAACGUCUUGGACAACAUGGCCAAACUCCCUAAGAAAAGUCCUGCACCCAUCGGACGGGGCGCUGCAAGCAAGGAGAGAGGCCCGGUGAUAAAGCCGCUGGUUCCCAAGCCCAAGUCGAAGAAGCUUACAGUAGCUGCAUUUUUCCAACUCCGAACACCCAUCUCUGAGAAGAAAGCCACAGAAGAAAGAGGAGAAAAAACUGCUGAAGGAGGAGGAGAGAAAGCUGCUGAAGGAGGAGGAGAGAAAGCCGCUGAAGAAGGAGGAGAGAAAGUCGCUGAAGAUGGAAGGCAGAAAGCUGACAAGACCUCUGAAACCCAAACUCCAGCCGAGAACGGUGAAAAUAAAAGACCAAAGACUGGAUUCCAGAUGUGGCUGGAAGAGAACAGAAGCUUCAUUUUGGCAGAUAAUCCUGAUUUUGAAGAAACGGAGAUAAUAAAAGAAGGCAUGGGUCGGUUUAGAAUGCUCUCUGCUGAAGAAAGGAUGGCUUGGACUGAGAGAGCCAAAGGAAGAGAAACUGUUGAUUCCGGCGAAGGAAAGAAGAGGAAGCACCCAGAAAGUAUUAACAGCGAUGGGCCUGAAAGCCCGGAACACAAACUGGAAGAGAACACCAGCUCGGCCAAAAAACCCAAAUCCUUUGAUCAGGCGAUGAGCACGAAACUAUCGACAUUUGCGUUCAAGCAGAGCUAACCUGGCCGCUGUUGCCUCCAAGGGCUCACGUUGUAUGAACAGACCAGCCGGCAGAUAACUACAGGUGAAAGGUGGUUUUGUGCUGAAUGUUCAGGCAAGGAAGCUCUUUCUGGAAAAUAGCACUGCACUCUAGAUGGAUGUAGGUGAAUCUGUGUAGUUGUGCAUUCAGUUUGGGUAUUAGAGGAGUUACCGUUUUUAUGCUAUGACACUCAUGGAAUUUGGUGUCGGAGGGUCUGCGUCAAUGAACCAAGUCCCAAAUACUGAGAUUUUUCUAAUAGUUCCACACAUUUUCUUUUGGGCAGCACAUCCCACCAAUGCAAAGCAGGCAGGAUCAAGGAGGAAAGGGGAGUGUGGCUUUGGGAGAUGUCCCAUUAGCCAGGUUGACAUAGCAAUGCUGUUCUGACCUGGUGCUUGGGAGCUGAAGGAGUUCAUCUCAUGGCCGCUGCUUGCAUUAUUUCUAAAAGGAGAGUGUGGAAGUUCUUGUGUGUUGUCAUUGGCUCUGUUGGAGCUUGUAAUCCCCGCCCCCCAACUUGCCUCAGUGUGCUGAUCACCGAGCUGAGUGAAUGUUACAGUAGGAUUCAUUCAGCCUGCAUCUUGUUUGCAUAGAUUUGCCCAACCCUAUAUAGGAGAAGAACAUGGGAAAGAUUUAUCACCUUGAGUGUACAAAGGUGACGCUGGACCAUGCCUGUGUGCUGCAUAGCAAAUGAACCCUCUUGGGCCCAGAUAAUAGAACAACUGCCCCUUCUCCCAUCUUAGAACGUUUGUAUUUUU